AGGUUGCCAUGUCAACCGCGCAGGGUUUGUUUCGAACAGUUUGCUGAGAUAAGGCUCUACCGGAUUGAACUUGCAGACCGGGUAAACAAUAAUAUUUAAAACGCAUAAAGCAUAAUGGGCCUGCGUAAAAUAAGCGAUGGUUCAUAUAUGUACACAAAUACGAGUGUUCCAGACGAAAUCCUACUAAUGUUAUUGAGGGACAAUACUGGAUUUUCUGUCAAGCUUGGAACAGGUAGUGAUUCAGUAAAAAAGUGGUGUAAGAACCUCCAGAAAAGCCCUGAUGAAUAUAUGGCUUUAUUGCACAAAGCUGUUGAGUCCUGCUCUGUAACAUAUAGUGACAGUGACGAAACAGACAAGAAUGAAGAUGUUUUUGAAUUUCAGGAAGACUGUCUUAUAUGGAAACAGUUUUUCCCUGACAAAAAUGUUUAUGGUAAAAGAGGAAAAUUUACAUUAGAGAAGAUGAAUUUUCAAGAUGCUGUAGAAGAAUUCUUGAACGGAGCAGUAAAGGACUCGGAUGCAAAGUCAAGUAGAAUACAAAAACUCACUGAUGAUUUGGGCAAAAAGUCUAAAGAACUCCAAAGCGCAAAGGAUUUAGCAGCAAAAAGUGUGCAAGAAAAGGAGAUUUUUGAGAAGGAGAUAUACGGGAAGUGUGCUUCUAUUAUUAAUACAAAGAAACUUCGGAUUAAACAUCUAAUGAGUAGCCAGCCUUGCCAGCCUUCAACAUCAGAAAAGCAUGACACAGCUGUAAGGAAAACAAAUACUGACCAGUGCAGAACCUGUAAGUCAGUCAAGCAUACCAAUGAAGUCAGAUUGUCAAGGUAGUGAUGGUUAUAGUUCAGACACAGAUGUUGAUGACCCUGAUAAGGAAGAUAUUGAUACUGAUGAAGAGAAAUUGCAAAGGACAACAACACAGAAACACAAGGUAACAAGGAAACGUGUAAAGCUCCAUGAACAAUUUAAUG